AUGACAGCGGAAAAGGUUCCGUUUCCAGAUCCGGAUCUAAUUCGACGCAUACUUUCAAACUCACGUCGAGCAGUACGUGUAUCAACAGGUGGUGGCGGAAAAAACAACAACAAUAACAAUCCUACUAUUCCUAAAAACAACACACAUGCUCACAGCACCAAAAAGAAUAGAAACGUGCCCCCACGACCUCCAAACAACUUUUUCUUGUUUCGUCAUGCAUUACACCUGCAUUUGUCUAACUUGAGUUUAAAAGUUCCGCAAGUUUCGAUGGCUGCCGGGAUUUUGUGGGAAAAGGCGCUGCCGAGUACCAAAGCGCGUUACUCAGAACUGCAAAGUGAGGCGAAAAGAUGGCAUUUAGAAAUGUAUCCAGGGUAUGUGUAUCGGCCGAGGAGGUCUGUAAAAAAAUUAACUAAAAGCAAUAAUAGUAGUAGUAGUGUGGAGGUAGCGGCUAAACCUUCAUCGAAUGCUUUAAUUGUCCCGGCAAGUGCGGUAGAUACCAGAAAUUUCGUUAUUUCGGAAAACGAGACAACUCAAAAUUCUGCAUUGUCAGCAUCGAAUGAUAAUUUAUCCCAACUUGUAAAUGAAUCGAUGAUUGGGAAAACCUGUAAAAAUUAUUAUCUAAAAAAAUACCCAUUGUCUCCUAUUACGACAACCGGAUCAGAAACUUCGUUAUAUUCACCACCAAUAUCUCCUUUAUUGCAACAACAGAAAUCCUCGCCAUCCUUCGAAUUCACUUUUGAAAAAUCUUCAUCUUCGUCACCGCACGAUCCAUUGCCAUUAUCAACAGAGACACGAAAACUGUCAUAUACAGAAGCAUAUCAAAUUGGACUCCUAAAGCCACAAAUUGAUCCAAUUCUUGCGGGUGACGAUAAAUUCAAUAACAUAUUCACCUCACCACCUAUGAAUCUCCACGCUUUACACGACAAUAACAAUAACAACAGUCAUUAUCAUAUUUAUCAUACACAACAACCACCUAUGCAUAAUCGCGAAAAUAAUGAUGCUAUCCAAUCAUCCGUUGACGAGUAUUGUAUCAAUCAAGAUCACAAUCACGAACAACAAGCUACUACCACAGAUUCAUUUAGUCUUGCCUCUAUUAAUGAUAUAAGUGACAGCAUUAACAUCAGCAAUAUUAACAGUAACGUUAUUUCUCUAAGUCCCACCACUACCAACACUAACAAUCACGCAAAUAGAACUGAAGUUUUUAGUGAAUGGAUCAAAUACGAUACACAAUUUUAA